UACAGGUUCUACACGAUAGUGUUCGCUUCGCUUGUAAAAUGUUCAUCAGCGAAAUCUAGAUAAAUUGGUUAACUAUUGAUAUUAUUCAUUAACUAUUGCAAUCAUUUUAAUGACUAGUAAAGCUAAAUCUGUAAAGAGUGCAAAGCCUCUGAAAACAGUGCGUAAUGUACUGGUUCAACCAUUUAAAACCCAGUGGCCAUGUGUUCAACUAUCUGAAGCAGGAAACCUGGUUAACUUACUAAAGCAAAUACCCAAGGAUCAAGUAGUGCAUGGCACGAGUCCUGUGAAUCACCUGUUGAGCAAAGGCCUAGCAUGUGCAUUUUUAAUCUCGUCUGAUUUCCAUCCGCAAAUCCUUGGUAAGCAGAUCAUCCAGAUGGCGCGACGAAAUUCUCCAGGUAUACAACUGCUUGCACUAGAAUGCCUUUCUUGGAACGGAAAGCUAGAAAAGCUGGUAGCUAUUCGGAAAACAUCAAAUCAGUAUCCUGAAAAAGUGAUUGAAUUGUUGAACCUGAUGAUGAAAAUCGGCGAAUCAAAAGGAUAUGACACAGAAUCAUCGAAAUUUUCUUCUGGUGGAAACAGAAAACUGAUGGCACAGCAGACAAAAGUUGAAAAUAUGUCUCAAGAAGAGAUAGAGCGCCUCUAUCUACCCCGAUCGACCAAUGGCAAGCGUGCGUUCGUUCCACAGGUUUCCAUCUUUGCUGGUAAACAAACAGUGGAAGCGAAAAAGGACGAUUGGGGACAAUUUGUCUCUUUCAAGCGAUCAGGAGCAGACCAGAUAGAAAUCAAUUUGAAGGGUAAAUCCAAGAGGAAGGAAAAAUCUUCAGCUUCCACAAAAGCUAAUAUCAAUGCAUCGGAAGGUUAUGUUCCACUGACAGUGAAUCGUUUACAAGGGAACCCUAACAGGAAGUCAGAAAAAAGUAACAUUAUCAACGGGUAUUUUUCAGGUUGCAGAUAAAAGUGGCAGCUAAAGUUGAAC